UAUUUCACGAAAUGUAGCAUGGGAAGUGAAGGCAAACUGCGCAAAUUUCAGACAAAGUUUAGUAAAAUCGACACCAGAAUAAUAAUAAACGAUAGCAAUUGAAAUAAUAUAAUAUGGAAAUUGAUGCAUAUAAUGAUUUUCAGAGAGAUUUGCAGGAAUUAAAUUCAUUCCAGCAUUUUAUGAAUUUCAAACGGAUUGCACAGAUUGCUGCUCGUCCAAUUCCUUCAUAUUCAGUGAGAAAAUUUAAGGGUGGUGGUCGACGUUUCAAUCCUUUACAAGACCUGGGAGAAAAUGAAUUUCGUCACAGUUAUAGGUAUAGCAAAGAAAAUAUGCGCCGUCUUAUAGAAAUGGUUCGAGAUGAUUUGGAAGUGGAGACGCAUAGUGAGUUAAGAAAGAAUCAAGUGCCGGUAGAUAAACAAAUAAUGGUAGCCGUACGUUAUUGGGGAAUGACUGAGCAUCCGGAUGUAACAGCACGUUUGCACGGUGUUAGCUUACGUACUUUGAUGAAGAUAAGUAAACGUGUAGCGGAAGCUUUGGCUGCUAAAACAUCUCGUUAUAUUCGUAUGCCUUGCUUGCUGGCCGAAAAAGAAAAAGUUACUCAGGCUUUUUAUCGCUUAGCUCAUAUGCCCCAAGUUAUAGGCGCUGUGGCACAUUCCCGCGUAAAAUGUAAACGUUUACAACAUCAAGACGGCGAUUGUAAAGAGGAUGAUACCAUGCAUAUACAAAUUGUAUCGGAUGCUAGUUUGAAAAUUCGCGAUAUUGAUUGUCGCCUGGUGACAUUGCAAGAUUCUUUCACAGCUGCCGAUUUAUUUUCUCAAACGCGGAUUAAAGAACGUUUCGAGCAAAACGAAUUUCGUGGCCGUAUUUUACUGGGAGAUUCUACGUUGCAUUGCACUUCAUUUUUAUACACUCCAGUGUCGUGUGCUAUUUCCGGACCAGAACAAUCUUUCAAUCAUUCUCUACGCUUAACUUACGAACCAGUACGGCAAUGCUUUAAAUUGUGGAAGGAACGUUUCGGCAUUUUGUCAUGUGAAUUGCGAGGAUCAGUCGCGACCGCUCGUCAUAUUAUAGUAGGAUCGGCAUUGUUACAUAAUAUGGCUAUUGAAUGGAAUGACCCUACUUUUGCCGAAUUUCAAAAUUCUUUACUAGGCUUAGACAAAUCCGUUGUCGAAGACUUACAGAAAACUACUGAUGUUCGUAGUCGCACUGAAUUCAUUAAAAAUCACUUUUUUGUUCCCGUUAACUAAGGAGGAACACGUCGAAUACAAACAAUUUUAAAACAACUUUUAUUUAUUUUAUAUUUAGAAACAGUUGAACUCGCUUGAAAAUACUUACGUAAAUCUAAAAAGAAGGCAUAAUAAUUUAAAAUAAAAAAGUGUGAAAUCAUGUUAGCAAA